AUGACAAUCAUUAAUUCAAUUUCAAAUUUUGGUUCAAAUAAUAGUUUUAGUAAUAAUAAUACUGUUAACCAAAAGUCGGUUAUUAAGAGAUCCAAACAAAUGAAAAACGACAAUACAUCAAUUGGUAGUAGUUUUAAAAAUGAUAAUUUACUCUCUGCUCAUGUUUCUGGUGAAGGUGUGAGUGACUGUAAACUUUUAUAA